AUGUUUGUUGAUGAAGCAGAUACUUGUGUGAUCUUCGAUAAUUUUUGCAAGGAAGAGGAUAUGGCUGCGCAUGCUUCUUUUGAGAUUAUUAAGUAUGAUGUCUUCCUUGGCUUCAGAGGCACAGACACUCGCCGUGGUUUUCUCAGCCAUCUGCGCAAGGCUUUAGAGGACAAGCACAUCAAGACAUACGUGGAUUACAUGCUCAGAGAAGGAAUUGAAAUAUUGCACUCACUCCUUGCAGCCAUUGAACAAUCAGAAAUUGCUUUGAUCAUAUUCUGCCAGGAUUAUGCAUCUUCCCAAUGGUGUUUGGAAGAACUAGCCAAAAUAUUGGAAUGCAGGAAACAAAAUGGUCAAAUUAUAAUACCUAUUUUCCAUAAUGUAGACCCAUCAUGGGUGCGCCGCCAAAAGGAAAGUUAUCACCAUGCGCUUGCUAAUCAUGAGGUGAGGUUUGCAGACAGGGUGCAAAUCUGGAGAGAUGCUCUCAAGGAAGCUGCCAACUUGUCUGGAUUCCAUUCACCGUCAUCAAGCUUCAGGAACGAUGCUGACCUUGUUGAUGAAAUUGUCAAAGUGUCUUACAAAGGUUAA